AUGAUUAUUAACAUUCCGUUGAAGGUUGCCCCUUCAUCAACAUGGCAGGAAGCAAGGCAGGGCAUCGCGGAGAAAACUGCACAUCCAUUCGACUGGACUUUCACUUCAAAGUAUGCAGGAACUGUGGAGUCCACCGAUUUAACCAUCGAUAUGGAGCGCUUGAAACGACAAGAACCUAUAGGAUUUUAUUCACAAAUAACGCUAUAUGAGGAUGAGUUAGCGGACCAUGGCACCGCGCAGCUGUCAGUAAGACUUCGUGUUAUGCCGGGUUUCUUCUUCGCUUUGAUGCGGUUUUAUCUACGAAUUGACAGAGUGCUUGUUCGUGUUUGCGACACACGUUUAGUUGGUGACAAUGACGAGAACUUUUUCAUCAGAGAGUGGAGUCUCAGAGAGGCUAAAGUGGCUGAUCUCGAACACCUUCCACCUGAGGUGCUUCUCGAUGGAAACCAAGUAUGGGCCUCUUUACCUAUUAUCGAGCUGAAAAAUGAGAAGAUAACUCCGAUGUCCGCGUAG